AUGUCGAACCCACAGUCCCGCCGCGCAUCCGGCGGGUUCACCUCAUCCACCCAUCCGAACAACAACAACAAUGACAGCAGCAACGAGCGGGGGCACCCCUCGCUCUCCGCCCUCGAAUCCACCUCGAACCUGUCGACUCUACCAACGACAUCCCUGACGGACGACACCCUCGUCUCCUGCCUGCGCGAACGGUUCAUGACGGACACGAUCUAUACCGCUAUCGGUACCAACAGUCUUGUCGUUGUGAACCCGCACAAGUAUGUGGGGUGUAACAGUGAUAGUGUUGUGUACAAGUAUGCGGCGGAGUAUGCGGAUAUGGGGGUUUGUGAGAAUGUGUUGGUUGGGGAGGGUGUUGAGGGAGGAGGGGCGGGAAAGAAGAUGCCGCCUCAUGUUUUCCAGCUUGCGAAUAAUGCGUAUUAUCAUAUGAGGAGGACGGGUCAGGAUCAGUGUAUCAUCUUUACUGGCGAAACCGCCUCUGGAAAAUCCGAAGCACGCCGUCUGGCCAUCAAGUCCCUAAUCACCCUCUCCGUCCCACCCGCAGGCAAAAAGGGCUCCAAACUCGCCCAGCAGAUCCCCGCCUCGGAAUUCGUCCUCGAGUCCUUUGGCAACGCACGCACCCUCUUCAACCCCAACGCCUCCCGCUUCGGCAAGUACACCGAGCUGCAGUUUACGAAUAUCUAUGGCGGGGUGGAGAAGGGUGGUAGGAGGGGACGGCUGUGUGGUGUCAAGACGUUGGAUUAUUAUUUGGAGAGGGGGAGAGUUGCGGCUGUCCCGAGUGGGGAAAGGAACUUCCAUAUCUUUUACUACCUCGUGAGGGGUGUGAAUGAUGACGAGCGGGGACACCUGAACCUUGGUGAUGGACGCAACUUUAGGUACCUCGGAGGCCAGAGGGCGAGUAUCGGUGGCGCGCACGGGUUGGCUGGGCGAUUCGGCCACCAUUCGCAGCCGAGUGGACCUGGUGGCCAUGCUGGUGUUCCAGGCAGGGACGAGGACGCGCUCAAGUUUGAUCAGCUCAAGAUUGCGUUGAAGACGAUUGGGUUCUCGAAGCGCUCGGUGGCGCAGUGCAUGCAGCUCGUCGCUGCUAUCCUCCACCUCGGCAACCUCGACUUUACGAUCGACAAGUCCCGUAACGAAGAUGCGGCUGUUGUGCGCAACCUUGAUACCCUCAACCUCGUCGCCGAUUUCUUGGGUGUUGAUCCUCAAGGCCUCGAGGGUGCUCUCAGCUACAAGACGAAGAUGGUCAAGAAAGAGUUGUGCACUGUGUUUUUGGAUGUGGAGGGUGCCGAGGCUAACAGGGACGAACUCGCCAAGACGCUUUACUCGCUGCUCUUUGCCUGGGUGAACGAGUACGUCAACCAGAGGCUGGCUGUGGAAGAGGGUGGUGCAGGCGGCGAUGGCGACUUUGACGCCUUCAUCGGCUUGCUCGACUUGCCCGGCCCCCAGAACAUGAGCUCCCGCCCCAACUCGCUCGACCAGUUCAUCGUCAACUACGCCAACGAGCGCGUGCAGGGCUUCGUCCGCAACAAGAUCUUCAACGGCAACCAGCAGGAAUUCCAAUUCGAAGGUCUCACCCAUCUCCUUCCUUCGCUUUCAUCCCUCUCGACGCCAGAUAACUCGGAAACCCUCCGACUGUUGCACAACUACCCUGGUGGCUUGAUCCAUAUUAUGGAUGAUCAGGCGAGGAGGCAGCCGAAGAAGACGGAUGGGACGAUGGUCGAGGCGUUCCAGAAGCGCUGGGGUAACCAUUCGAGUUUCAAGACGAGUGGUGUGGUGGACGUUGCGGGUGCUGGCCGUGCUGCUGGUGCGGUGCACGCUUCGGGCGUCGGUGCCUCGUUCACUGUCUCGCAUUACAACGGUGCUGUCACCUAUGCUGUUGAGGGUUUCCUCGAGCGUAACCUCGACUCUGUCAACCCCGAUUUCGUCUCGCUCCUCCGUGGUACGGCGCAUGAUACGGCGCAGGCUGUGAACACGAUGCAUCAUACGGCUCAGCAGGCCGCGCAGGAGGGGUAUGGGAGUAUUAACCCUUUCGUCAAGAGCUUGUUCUCGAGCAAGGCCAUUGCGACGCAGGCCCAUCCCAGGCAUGAAGAAACGAUCGUUGCUGCGCAGCAAGCUGUGAAGCCCAUGCGUGCGCCAUCGAUGAGGCGGAAGGGUACGGUUAGGAGGGGCAAGAGGGCUGGUGACACCGAAGGACGGAUGGAAGGUAUCGAAGAGGCUGAAGGCGACGAGGAAGGUGGUGCUACUGGAGUCGUUUCGCCGUUCGGAGGAGGGGAGAAGGAUUUGACGAGGAGCCAUACCCGAGCCGAAUCCCAGGCCAACAACCAGAACAAGGAUACCCCGUGUGUGGCGGGCGAGUUUAGGGCUGCGCUUGAUACGCUCUUUGCGACGCUCGAUGAGACGCAGCCGUGGUUUGUUUUCUGUAUCAACCCGAAUGACUCGCAGUUGCCGAAUCAGUUGGAGGGGAGGAGUGUGAAGGGACAGGUUAGGAGUUGUGGGAUGGGUGGUGUGGCGCGGCGCAACCUUGUGUAUUGGGAGGUUAAUAUGACGUUUGGAGAGUUUGAGGAGAGGUAUGCGGGUGUGUUGGAGGAAGUGGGUGUGACGCCUUCGUCGGGCGAGGGCGUGUUUGGUGGGAGCGAGGAGAGUGGUAGUGGCAGGGACAAGGAGCGGGCGCUGGCGGAGGCAUUUAGGGCGUUGGUUGUGACGAAUGUGGGAGGUGAUUUCAAGGAUGUGGUGCUUGGCAAGACGAAGGUGUGGCUUUCGCAGCGGGCGUUUAGGGCGUUGGAGGAUCGGUUGAGGAUUAAGGAGGGAGGGGAGAGGGUUGGGAGGGAGUUGGGGAUGGCCGGGGCGGCGUAUGAGUCGUCAACUGUGCAUGGGCAUGGUGGUCAGGAGGGUGGGGGGUUGGAUCCGUACUCGCCGUAUCGACAGGCCGGGGAGGAUGGGUUCUACAAUUCGGGACAGGACCUUGGGACCCCUGGGUGGAAUGCGGGAGGUUAUGACCAGUACAAUGGGAGCAACCAGCGCCUCCCACUCGUUUCCAACGCGUCGCCUUUCAACCGCGGCGAGUCGUAUGACGAUGAAGGCGCGUGGCGUGCUGGAGGGAAGAGUGAUGAAGAGUACGAGCCCCCUUCGCGCAUCCGCGGCGACGAGACGGAUUCGAUGUCCAACUUUGGCAGCGAGAGUUAUGCGCCUUCGAGGAAUAUGUUUGCGGGUGGGGAUAAGGGUGGUGGGAAGAAGGGUGGUGGCGAGAAGGCUGCGUUGGCUGGUGAACUGCUCGCUGCGGAUCCGAAUUCUGGUGUUGCCGCGCCUGGGGAGACGACUGAGGUUUUGAAGGAGUCUUCGGCGCGUCGACGAUGGGUUGCGUUUACGUGGUUGCUCACUUGGUGGAUCCCCUCUCCCUUCCUCGUCUGGUUCGGCCGUAUGAAGCGUAUGGAUGUGCGACAAGCCUGGCGCGAGAAGCUCGCGUUGAACUUGAUCAUCUGGUUCAUUUGCGGGUGCACGGUUUUCGUGAUUGCGGUUCUUGGUCCGGUUAUUUGUCCGACGGAGCAUGUGUACUCGACGACCGAGUUGAGCGAUCAUAGCUUCGACAAGAGCCCGAACAAGGUUUAUACGGCGAUUCGCGGGGAGGUGUUUGAUCUUACCAAGAUUGCGGCUAUGCAUCAGAGGAAGAUCCCUGUCGUUGCGCCCAAGGAGAUUCUCAAGUAUGGAGGGAGGGAGAUUAAUGAUUUGUUCCCUGUUCAGGUCUCUGCUCUCUGCGAUGGAAUCGACGGGAAUGUUAGCCCCUACGUCAUGCUCAGCUCGAGGAACGUCACGGAUACCAACGCUGUCUACCACGACUUCCGCGCGAGCACGAACGAUCCCCGACCGGACUGGUACUUCCAACAGAUGGUGACGAUGCGGUACACUGCUCGCGUCGGCUUCCGCGGCUACACACCCAAGGAGAUUCGGAAUAUGGCCAAUCGAGGGCAGUCUGUUGCGAUCUACAAUGGGCUUGUCUACGAUUUGACCGAGUACAUCUCGACGCCGCCUAGGGCUGGUUCUCCUGAGGGCACCAAUCCUCCGCCUGUCAACACGCAGUUUAUGGAUGGUGCUGUUUUGGAGUUGUUCACGAUCCAUGCGGGCAAGGAUGUGACGAAGGAGUUGGACGAACUUGAUAUCCCCCGCGCUGUCCUCCGACGACAAAAGACGUGCCUCCGCAACCUGUUCACGAUCGGCAAAGUGGAUAACCGGCAAAGCCCGCAAUGUCUGUUCUCGACGUACAUCCUCCUCGUUCUCUCCAUCAUCAUGGUUUCGAUUAUCGGUUUCAAGUUCCUCGCGUCGCUCAACUUUGGUGCCGCGCGUGCGCCUGAGGAUCAUGACAAGUUUGUGAUCUGCCAGGUGCCGUGUUAUACUGAAGGUGAUCAGUCGUUGAGGCGGACGAUUGAUUCGUUGGCGCAGCUCAAGUAUGAUGAUAAGCGCAAGCUUUUGCUGAUCAUUUGCGAUGGUAUGAUUGUUGGUAGUGGGAACGACCGGCCUACGCCUCGUAUUGUGCUUGAUAUUCUUGGUGCUGAUCCUAAUCUCGACCCGGAGCCGUUGAGCUUUGUGAGUUUGGGAGAGGGAGCGAAGCAGCAUAAUAUGGGCAAGGUCUAUUCUGGGUUGUACGAGUGCAGUGGACACGUUGUGCCGUAUUUGGUUGUUGUGAAGGUUGGGAAGCCUACGGAGAGGAGUCGGCCUGGUAAUCGUGGUAAACGAGAUUCGCAGAUGUUGUUGAUGCAUUUCUUGAACAAGGUCCACUUCAACUCGCCGAUGAACCCGCUCGAGCUCGAGAUGUACCACCAGAUCAAGAAUGUUAUUGGUGUCAACCCGUCGUUCUAUGAGUACUUGUUCAUGGUUGACGCUGAUACGACUGUGGAACCUCUUUCGCUUAACCGGCUUAUCUCUGCGAUGAUUCACGACAAGAAGCUCCUUGGUGUUUGCGGUGAGACUUCGCUCGCGAACGCGAAGCAGUCUAUCGUCACCAUGAUGCAGGUCUACGAGUACUUCCUCUCCCAUCACAUGGCCAAGGCAUUCGAAUCCCUCUUCGGUUCCGUCACCUGUUUGCCCGGUUGUUUCACGCUCUACCGACUCCGCACGCCCGACACCCACAAGCCUCUCCUCAUCUCUAACCAGCUGAUCCACGACUACUCUGAAAACCGAGUCGACACGCUGCACAUGAAGAACCUGUUGCACCUUGGUGAAGAUCGAUACCUCACGACGCUGCUACUCAAGCACUUCCCUCGGCACAAGACGCAGUUCGUCCGGGAUGCGCAUGCGUUCACUGUUGCUCCUGAUGACUGGAAAGUUUUGCUUUCGCAGCGUCGCCGAUGGAUCAACUCUACGGUGCAUAACCUUGGUGAACUUGUCUUCUUGGAUCAGCUUUGUGGAUUCUGUUGUUUCUCGAUGCGGUUUGUGGUUAUGAUUGAUCUGUUGUCGACGAUUACGCAACCUGUCACUGUUGCCUAUAUCGCCUACCUCAUCUACCUCAUCGCUGGUCAAGGCAAACCGAUCCCUCUGCUCUCGCUCAUCAUGAUUGCGGCUAUCUACGGUAUCCAAGCGCUCGUCUUCAUCCUCCGUCGCAAGUGGGACAUGAUUGGCUGGAUGAUUUUCUACAUCCUCGCUAUCCCGGCUUUCUCGUUCUUCCUCCCUCUCUACUCGUUCUGGAAGAUGGACGAUUUCUCCUGGGGUCAGACUCGUGUCGUCUUGGGAGAGAGUGGAAAGAAGGUUAUUGUUCAUGAUGAGGGCAAGUUUGAUCCCCGUGCGAUUCCGACUAAGAGCUGGAGUGACUAUGAAAACGAACUGUGGGAUAAGGAGUCGAAUCACAGUAUUGGGUCGUGGGCUCCUGGCAAGGCUGGAAUGGGAGGUGGUUACGCCGAGUCGAGGACUGCGUCGCUGUAUGGACGCGAAACGCUCUACGAGCCUCAACUCCCUCAGAUGCGCAGCUUCUCGCCUGUUCCAUCGCAACUCGGCAUGCACAUGAUGUCUGCGAACGCCUCUGGAGGGUUCGGUGCUCCGCCUGCGUAUGGUAGCGCAAGUGGAAGGAAUACGCCGCAGAGCAUGUAUGGAGGGGGAUCGCCUGGUGUAUUCGCCCCUGCUCCUUCACGACCUGUCACCAACUACCUCGACAUGCCUAUUUCUGGUGGAUUCGAUUCUGGCUUUGGAGGAGGGUUGAACGCGCAGCAUACUGGUGGUGGUGGUAUGGGAGGUGGACCGAGUGAUAUGGAGUUGGAGAGUGCGGUUCAGGAUGUGUUGAGGCAUGCUGAUUUGAACCUUGUGACGAAGAGGGAGGUGAGGAGGACGUUGGAGGAGAGGUUUGGGAUGGAUCUUACGAGUCGGAAGGCGACGAUCAAUGCGGCUAUCGACAGGAUCUUGUCGAGUUCGUAA